UAUUUAAAAAUGCAGCGAAACCCCGAUUUAGAGGAAAUUCUAUACGACUUCACUAUAUAUUUCGACUCAUUGUAUUCUCAAUCCCUAGACCUCGAGGGAAAGGUCAUCCUAGUUUGGAACAAAGGUACGAUGAAGAGGAUAGUGUCUGAAGAGAAAUGCACCACUCGUAGUAAACACACCCUCAUAGCUCAGUCGAUCAAACUACAACAGUCAUUAUACUUCAGUAAGAAAACUAGUGCUUACAGAGAUGGGUCUAAAGUGCAAAUAUCCUGAUAUGUCAAUGAUGCUGAUUACUCCCAGCCUGUCUUUAUAGGCAUCAUCAAUGUCAACCUGAGUAGAAUUAUCAAUGAAAGAAGAGAUAGGAAGGGAAAGGUCCAAAACCAAGAAAUAGAUCUUGACCUAGAAAGAUGAGACUAUCAGAAUACAGCAGUAAAGCUGAUUAUUUCUGCUAAAAAGAAUUUCAAGUUUUCUCAAAAGGAACAAAUUAACGAAAUCAAAGGAAGAGAAGAGAAUGACUCACAAAACCAAAGGUUCCAGAUUCUGGAUGAUGAUAUGAUCGAUAAUUUACCUGAGAAGUAUGAAGAUGAGGAGGAAGAUGAGUUCUUUAGAGGAUAUGCACAUGCUCAAGAAUACAAUCAAUCCAGAGGCACUUUUCAAAGCGAGAAUGAUACCCAAAGCAUUAGAAAUAAAAUAAUCUUUGAGGACGUUACUCCUGAAAUAAGAGAACCACAUGGAACUAAUGAGUUCAACCAGUCAAAACAAAAAUAUUUCGAAGGGGUUCAUACUCCACCAAAGGGUGAUCAAGAUACAGUUCAUAUCACACAUACAAGAGAUAUCCAUAAAACCAAGAGAUUUGAAAAGCAAGAUAGGCAAGAGUAUGAUAGCAUUAAUAUGCUAGAUUUUGACCAAAUAGAAGAGACUAAGAAUGACAAUGAAAGAAAGAACAACAGUAAUCAACCCGACGUCCAUAAUUUACUUAAAAUGUACGAGAAACAACUGAGCGACUUUGUUGUGAAGAAAGACUUUGAUAAUUCAAGAGACAUCGAACGAGAAAGCUCUGUAAGAAGUAGCGAUAAAAAGAGACCCUAUGAAAUGUAUCAAAGAAUAUAAAAGGAGAACUGGAAGCUCUAAAAGAGAAAUAUGCAAGUCUCUCUGCAAAGAAUGAUCAGUUAAAAUAUGAACUCAAAACUGAAAAGAAUUCGCACAACAGAUCAGUUAUGAAAUUCGAGGCUGAAAUCAAUGACCUCAGAGAUCAUAAUCAACAAUUGACAGAAGAAGUCUCAUCGUUAAUAAACUACAAAUCUCGUUUUGAACAAAUGAAAGCAGAGAACCAGAAACUCAUGGAGAUUGAAGAGAGAUAUGAAGACCAAGUAGAACAACUACAAGAGAAACUAGAAGAACUAGGUUAUGGUCGUACUUCAUCAAUGUCAAAUUCCGAGCAACUACAGCAAUUUUCUGAGAAAAUAGUAAUUCUUGAAAACAAACUUGACCAAAAGGAGCAAGAACUCAAAGAAGAAAGACUUGAUAACGAUAUCAGAAAUAAAUAAAGAACUCAGAAUAAUUGAAGAAGGCUACACUCGAAAAUAUAACAAACUAAAGAAACAGAAAGAAGAUUUGGAAGAUGAACUAUAUGAGCUACAGAAAAGGUGCGAGGCUCAAGUUGAUAUUAUUAACCAAAAUGAGUAUCGACAGAGAAAAGAAAAAGAAAACAAACCUAAAGAAGAAAAGGACGCAAUUGAUAUUGAAUUUUACGCCAAGAAAUAUCUCAAAGACUGUGAAGAAAGAGGCAGUCAUGAAGUUAAAACUGAAAGUGGAUCCCAAGCAGUCAGCAUGGACGGAAAAAUACUUGACAUAACUGACUUAGACAUGAAGGUCAUUGAGAACCAGCAUAAACUUGAAAGACUUGAGUUUUAUGAAAACAACAAUAUUGAACUUCUACAUACUCUUGAGGAGAAAGACUCAGAGUAUGACCAGAAGGUCCAAUUCUAUGAAGAAGGACUAGAAUCUCUAAAAAUGAAGCAUAAAGAAGAAAUCACAAAACUUGAAGAUAAUUUAAAGAAGGAAAUAAAUGCCAUGAAUGCUCAAAAUAAACUAAAAAUUGAGCAUAUACAGGCUACAGAAAGAAGUAAUGCAGAUGCUGAUAGAAAAGAAUUGAGAGAUGAAUUCCAGAAGAUGUUUAAAGAGAGGUUUAGUGAGUGGAAAACUAAAUCAGUCGAAUACGAAAACAAGAUUAGACAUCUUGAGAAUAUCAUUAAUAGCAACUAAUAAUUAUUUAAGUUCAAUCUUACC